UCUCUCUCUGUCUCUCUCUCCAUGGCAUCUUCUACACCAGUCAAAACUCCAAACCCUAAAUCAUCGAAUUUCUCGGCCCCCAUGUCUUCUUCUAAAAGAUCCCAACCCUACUCAUCCGAUUCUUCCUCCGAUUUCAGGUCCCGAUUCGAGGCCUACAACCGCCUGCAGGCCGCUGCCGUCGCUUUCGGUGAGAAGCUCCCGAUACCGGAGAUCGUUGCCCUCGGCGGACAAUCCGAUGGCAAGAGUUCUCUCCUAGAAGCCCUCCUCGGCUUCCGAUUCAAUGUCCGAGAGGUCGAGAUGGGGACCCGCCGGCCCCUCAUCCUCCAGAUGGUCCAUGAUUCAUCUGCAUUGGAGCCCCGCUGCCGAUUCCAGGAGGAAGAUUCUGAAGAAUAUGGAAGUCCCAUGGUUUCAGCUUCUACAAUUGCUGAUAUCAUAAAACAGCGAACUGAGGCACAUUUGAAGAAGACCCGAACUGCAGUUUCUCCAAAGCCUAUCGUAAUGAGAGCAGAAUAUGCCCAUUGUCCCAAUCUAACCAUAAUUGACACACCCGGCUUUGUUCUAAAGGCGAAGAAAGGUGAGCCAGAGAGCACACCUGAUGAGAUUCUGUCGAUGGUGAAGUCAUUAGCAAGCCCCCCUCAUCGCCUUCUCUUGUUCCUUCAACAGAGCAGUGUUGAGUGGUGUUCAUCACUGUGGUUAGAUGCCAUUCGUGAUAUCGAUCCAACUUUCAGGCGCACAAUCAUUGUUGUUUCCAAGUUCGACAAUCGGCUCAAGGAAUUUAGUGAUCGAUGGGAAGUGGAUCGAUACUUGAGUGCAAGUGGUUACCUUGGUGAUCACAUUCACCCAUUUUUUGUGGCACUGCCGAAAGACAGGGGCACAGUGCCGAAUGAGGAAUUCCGCCGGCAAAUUUCUCAAGUUGACACAGAAGUUAUUCGUCAUUUACGUGAGAGUGUUAAUGGUGGAUUUGAUGAAGAGAAAUUCCGUCCCUUCAUUGGUUUCGGCUGUCUUAGGGAGUACUUGGAGUCUGAGCUUCAGAAGAGGUAUAAAGAUGCUGCCCCAGCAACACUUGCUUUGCUAGAACAACGCUGUGGUGAAGUCACUACUGAGUUAGCUCACAUGGAAUCCAAGUUACAGGCCACUUCUGAUGUUGCCUAUCUUCGAAGAUCGGCAAUGCUCCAUGCGGCUUCUAUUUGUAGUCAUGUGGGAGCAUUGAUUGAUGGAGCGGCAGAUCCUGCUCCAGAGCAGUGGGGGAAAACAACCAAUGAGGAACAGUCGGAGAGUGGUGUUGGGAGUUGGCCCGGUGUGACCGCAGAUGUAAAGCCCCCCAAUUCCACCCUUAAGCUCUAUGGUGGGGCAGCAUUUGAGAGGGUUAUACAUGAAUUCCGUUGUGCUACAUAUUCUAUUGAAUGCCCACCAGUGUCAAGGGAGAAGGUUGCGAACAUUUUACUUGCCCAUGCUGGACGAGGUGGAGGUAAGGGUGUUACAGAGGCGGCUGCAGAGAUAGCACGUGCAGCAGCACGAUCAUGGCUUUCUCCUCUUCUAGACACUGCAUGCGAUCGACUUGCAUUUGUCUUGAAAAGCCUCUUCAAUCUUGCUGUAGAACGCAACCAUAGCCAUGAUUCGAACUGCAAGGAGCUAGAUGGGAGAAAGAAGGGAGAUGUGGACGGGUACAUUGGAUUCCAUGCUGCUUUAAGGCGCUCUUAUGAUAACUUCAUACAUGAUCUUGCCAAGCAGUGCAAGCAAUUGAUACGGCACCACCUUGAUUCUGCUACAAGCCCAUAUUCUCAGGUCUGCUAUGAAAACUACUUCACAGGAGGUUUGGGCUCCACUGCGACCACAAUCUACAGAUUCAACCAACCUCUUGCUGCUCCGUUUUUCCUCGACCUAUCAGAUGGUGCAACAGUUCAAGACAAAAUGGUAGGCGAUGAUCAGGAGAAUAUACCUCCAAAAAAACAACAGCAAACGCCACCAGGGAAAGGAACAGAAGCUAAAGAAGUACUCCGAGAAAGCCAAAUGACAAUACCUGAGACACCAUCUCCUGAUCAGCCAAGUGAUGCAGUUUAUGGAUCUAAGAAGGAAAACGGUAACUGCAAUGAGAUUGGAGGGAGAAAACGGCAUGCGAGGAUUAUGGCUGGCAGCAGAAAUUCAGAUCAUCAUCGACUCCAAAACGGUGGACUUCUAUUUGGUGGUGGCGAUAUUGGCUCAAGAUCAGGCUCAGCUUACUCAGAGAUCUGCUCUUCAGCUGCACAACAUUUUGCGAGAAUCCGCGAAGUUCUAAUUGAGAGAAGUGUGUUAUCAACAUUAAACUCAGGCUUCUUAACUCCUUGUCGAGAUCGGUUGGUGGUAGCUCUUGGUUUAGACUUGUUCGCAGUGAAUGAUGAGAAAUUCAUGGACAUGUUCGUAGCGCCUGGCGCUAUCGAUGUUCUUCAGAGCGAACGUCAAUCUCUGCAAAAACGUCAGAAGAUAUUGCAGUCUUGUUUGACCGAGUUCAAGAACAUCGCUCGAGCUCUUUAAUUUAGUUUUUGCAGCCCAGCUUUACAAUUUUAAAGGAAGUUGGUCUUUCAGUCUUAAUACUUCACACCUAGUGAAUGUUAUGACAAUUCGCACGGAAGCAGUUCAUCAACUACCUCAAUUGGUUCCUCUAAUUCCUCUCAAGAUAUAUUGAAGUGUUGUAUUGGGCGCUUCAGAGUUGUGGCGUCAGCAGCCUUUUCUUUUCAGUUUGAUUUUAUAUCAGACUCUUGUGCUGAACUCAAUCAUUCUUUUCUAGUGUAUUCUGUCUAGCUCUGUUAUCUUGGAUGAAAUUGUUACAUUUCAUUAA